AUGAACAACGACUUCCCUCCGGACACGAUGAUGGGGUCUUUUAGAUUUGAAAAUCCCGCCCAGAAUCAACAGCAACAGCAACAGCAACAACAGCGGCAGCAGGGGCAGGGACAGCAGUUCACAUCACUACCAAAUCAACAGUUUCCUCAACAACAAUUGCAGCAUCUACCUCCCCACGGUCACCCUUACUACGGAUUGCCGCCCCCAGGCCAAGCCCCUCUGUACAACAACGGAACAACACUCCAACAAUCAUAUGGUACGCCUCCUACGUUUAAUGCAGGAUAUGCUGAUAUUUCGGGCAAUAACUUCCAGCCUAGUGUGAUCCAAGGAAAUGUCCCUUUACUCAAUCAUCAGGGCUCGUUUCAAGCAUCUCCAAUGCAGACCCCGAUUGAAAUAAUAGAGAGACAACGAUUAGAACAGCAGCAACAGCAACAGCAUCAACAGCAACAGCAUCAACUACAUCAGCAGAAAGUUCAGCAACCUCAACAAGAUCAGCUUCACAACCAUUACCAAGGUCAAUCAGUCAAAGGCCCAGAAUCUUUGAGACCGCUGGACUUCUACUAUCCCAAGUCGCAGACAACGAAUGUCGUCAAUAAAAGGCCAAUCCAAUCUGAGGUGAUUGAUUUGGUAUCCAAAAAACCUAAACAGGAAAAUAAAGCUCCGAGCUCAACUACACUUUAUCCUCCUUUCAAUGUGUGGCUUGAUCAGUAUAGAGCCAAACAGCGUGUUCAGUAUUCAGAGAACGAACUGAAAAUUCUCUUGCUGAAACUCGGAAGAGACAACGAAAAAUCAAAAACUAUCCAAUUGCUGGGUGGCAUUUUCAAUGAAAUGACGGCCGUAGAUUACAAAUAUAAAGCAAUUUUGGUCGACAACAUAUUUAGUUACUUCCCAUGGGCCAAAGAGAACAAACACGAUCUGGUCAAAGUUUAUAUGAAAGUUGCAAGUUGGCUCAUCAAUUCUUUCAAGGCGAAGGAAGAAGAUGCAGUUAAAACUUAUCUUGACUUUUUCCAAAAGGCAUCUUUGACUCCUGAGAUGAUUUCUCUUUUCAAGUUGGAUAAAGUUUUAGCCAAGAUAGAAAAAUCAAAGAACUUUGGUGAGCCAUUGAAGGUAAUCGCUAGACAGAUCAGUGCAUCUUUAUCUGUUGAUAAGCCCAAAUCUACGAAUGGAGGUUUGAGCAAUUCUGCAUCUUCUGCAACAGUGAAAGCAAAUGCUUUCAAAGGAUUUUCCUCCUUGUCAAAAUCUGCUGUUGCCCCAGCUAGCAAGACGAAAAAACCUACUGUAUUUGUAAGAGAUAAUACUACAGGAAACUCCAAUGCAGAGAGCAUUAAGGAUUCCUCAUCAUCGGCAUCAUCAUCCACUUCUCCUCCACCUGCUGCAUCCAAUAAGACGACAACUCAACCAGCAAAGAAAGCCUCAGGGGGUUGGUCAUUAUCAGACUAUAUUACAAAGUCUAAAUCUACCACUGAGUCAACGAACGAACCUCGCUCCUCUUCACAGCCGCUAGAGGAGAAAGAAAAAGAUGACAAGGUGACACCCGACGAGAAGGGCUUGGGCCUUGUAAGUAUCUUGAAAAAGCCCAAUCAUCCCAAAUCCAAAAAGAAGGAGGGUGUGCGUUUCAAUGAUGCCAAUUUGGUUCAAAUAAAACACAUUGUACCGGAGUGGAUUCUUACAGGUGAAACUUACAAUCAUUCUGAAUUUGACCUAAAGGAGGGUUCGGCAUUGAAAAGUCUCAAUCACAUUCAGCAAGAAGAUGAAUUGCCUCCAAUAGAUGAUACGUUACCGACUUCUGCUCCAGUUCGAUUAGAACUUCCUACACCUACAGAAUACAUAGUCACGGUGAACGACUUGAAUACAUAUAAGCUAGAGGUCUACGACGUCAAACAACUUGAGAACUACGAAGAGGAGCUCAAGAUAAACCCCACUUCCCGAGGUGGUGAAGCUUCAGUUCCCGGUCAAGAAGUAGAGAGGCAAAUUUAUAAUGACGGUAAGGCACCCUACGAUAGUGUGCUUCAAGCAACUCCAACAGAACCAGAUUCAGUUAUCAAUGAACGACCAGUUGCUUGCAUAACUAAGACAAUAUCAUCAUUUUGUUAA